AUGCCUGGAUCAAAUCCUUUUCGUGUUAGAAACCUGGGCAAUCCCGCAGCUCCAUUGUCUACCAACCCGGGCACCUUGGCCCCUGUGCCUUCUAAGCCUCUGUCCACUCCACCUAUAGCCCCGAAUGGUUACCCCAGGAAGUCAUCGAUACCGCUCGAACGCGAGGUAGCUGACUCGAGCUCCUCGGACGAAGAGACAAACCCAUUCAACCUGCGUGUGUCGGCGAGCGAGAGUGAGGAGAAAAUCAAUGCACACAAGAGCCCAGCUCCCCUUGAGGAUGAUCGACAACGAGAUUAUUCUGGGUCAGCUCCACAUCUAGCUCCAUCAACAGAUGGAUCCCCCAUAUCACCCGACCACAACAUGCCGUCUGCGACAGGCGCAGACAGCUUCUAUACAGGACGUCAUGCACGGUCGUCUAUAGAGCUUGAUGCAAGCCCCGUCGGCCGAGCCAGAGACAAGAAGCCGCCACCUCCGCCUAGGAGUCAUCACGGCCGAAGAAUCGGCUCUAUAGCCACCGCAGAACCAUCCCAGACCGCUCGGUCCAGGUCUACUAACCGCCUGUCAAUUCCUGGCUCCCCUGGAAAUCUGACGCUUGGCACCUCGCAUCCCAGCUCGGUGUCUCUAUCCUCGGCCGACUACUUCUCGGUCACUGUAGCGACAGGGUCCACGGACUCGCUCCAGCGCAGCCAGUCUCAGCAUAAGCGUCCCCCGACGCCACCUCUCAGUCGACGGCACAGCCAGAUGCGGAGAUCCAAGUCUACACAGUCCAAAAUUACCAGCAGAUUAAAUAUGUCUUACGAUUCGGAGAGCAAUGAUGGCUCUCUGCCUCCCAGCCCGGGCCCUUCCAGUCGGGCGGAAAACAAGAGACUCAGCAUGCCUCCGCCAUCCUCGGGAGACUUCCAGGCGACUGCGCCGUUGGGAAAUAUCUCACUGAACCUGUCUCCCCCCACUAACUCCAGACCAUCAUCACUGAAGGCUGGUCGGCGGACAUCAUCCUAUGGGAGUGUCUCUGGACCACCUCCGCCUCCUCCACCUCGGCGCACUCGAGACUCCAUUGCCCGUAGCAGUGAUGUGAUGGGGUUGAAGGAGAACCAGUCCCCAGCCCCAGUUCCAGUCCCAGCCCCACAACCAUCCAAUGCCCUUGACAUCCUGGCUGAUCUCACCAAACUGCAGAAAGAGGUGGAUGAUCUCCGAGGGCAUUAUGAGAAUCGUUAG